AUUCUUAUUUAUUAUUCUGAAAACUUUGACCUAUUAUUUCAGAUUGGUACUCUGAAGGCAGCUCUGGCAAGGAAAGAGGAAAACCAGAGGACAUGCAACAUUCAUUUUCCAACAGUUCUGAAAGAUAGAGAACAAAAACCAGUGAGUUAUCCAAGUUUGAUGUUCUGAUUAUGCAUCCAAGUUUUUGUGAAACCAGAAUUCAAGUUUGAUGUUCUGAUUAUGUAGGUAUGCAGCAAUUAGGUUUUCUUUUUCUUUUUCCCGUAUUCUGUUUUUAACAUCUUGUGUAUGAGAUUGGUGACGGGUAUUCUUUAUGUUGUACAUCCUAUGCAAAAGAGGCAUUGCAUAAGAUCUAAUUCCAUUUGGCAUAUGUAUUACUUGGAACAAAAUCUUCUUCUCUCCACAAAUGACAACAAUUCAGUACUGAAGAUUGCUGAUUUUGGAUUUGCAAGAUCUCUACAACCUAGAGGUCUUGCAGAAACAUUGUGUGGUUCACCACUGUACAUGGUGCCAGAGAUAAUGCAACUUCAGAAAUAUGACGCAAAGGUGAUAUUUACUUUCUCCAUCUGUAAGAAUCCAUCCAUUUUCUUGCAUAACCAUCACUGAAUUGGUAAAUGAGAAGGUUCAAAAAAUGGGAUUAGUUGGGAGGUCAAUUGAUGUUGCAAGUUUUAAUAAUUAUGAAGAAUUAUGCUAGGCAAUUGAAUGCAUGUUUAGAGUUGAAGGUGUGCUCAACGACGAGAAAGGCUCAGGUUGGAAAAUGGUGUAUGUGGAUUAUGAGAAUGAUGUACUUCUUGUUGGGGAUGAUCCCUGGAAACCAUUGAGAUUCUUUUCAGCAAAAAGAUAUUAUUGACCAUGGAGGGCCAUACUUCAAUCUUCUAUGCUGGUGUUUUGGAUUCUCUAGCAGUGGAAUUGAAGGCGACAAAGGAUAUCUCCAAGUUAUAUGCUGGCAUUGCAAUACUUGGGUAUAUUGCUUCCGUUCUAGAAUCCGUCAACACCCGAGCCUUUUCUCAUCUUCUCACUUUCCUGGGCCAUAGAUAUCCCAAGAUCCGGAAGGCUUCUGCUGAACAAGUUUACCUUGUCCUCCUACAAAAUGGAGAGCUUGUGACAGAGGAUAAGAUGGAGAAAGCGCUUGAAAUUAUUUCCGAAACUUGCUGGGAAGGUGAUAUAGAAGAAGCAAAACAACGACGAUUAGAGUUGCAUGAUAUGGCUGGUCUAGAAAUAGGGUUACUUCCCAAAAUUGGGAAUGGAGCAUCAAACAGGGAUGAUGAGAAGAGGCCAGCAGCCAGUGAUGAGAAUGCAUCAUACUCUUCCUUAGUUGGGUCAACUGGGUUCUGAUUGACUUGAAUUAAACCAUCCUUCAUGUUUGUUGUACAUUUUCGUCACUUCUCUUCACCUUAGACAUCUACCUCUCUAGCUUUUCUUGCAUGUCGCACAAUUUGGUGUUUCUCAAUCAUGUGGAUGCCAUGUGGUUUGAGAUUUUUUUUUUCUUCAUAUAUAUAUAUAUAACAUUUUUUCGUGUGGCUUUUUCCCUUUUUUGUCCUAGGUUUUUUUUGUGGGCAAAAUUGCUCAUGGCUUGGUAAUAA